CGGAGAGAAGGAGUGAGAAAAAGAUAGAGAGAAGGAGAGAAAGAGUGAGAAGGAAGAGGGACCUUUUGGGAGGCAGCAGCAGUCUUUGGUAUUCAGAGGAUUUCCUUUGGGGAUAAAAGGACGCUUUGAAUUGAUGACUGAAGAGGUCUAGACUGCUGGUUGUGAGGAUGUUGUCAACAGGGCAGAUCAGGUGGUGUUUGUGGGCUCCACUGGUGUUACUGGCCCUAGUUUCCAGUUUCCCCAGUAAGGCACAGGGUCAAGUUCCAGCUCCAAGGAGGCUGCGUUUCAAAGUGCUGAGCUCAAGCAAACUCCUUGUUUCGUGGAAAGAGCCCAAAGGAGACUUUGACAGCUAUCUGUUCCUCUACAACAGCAUACCAGGUGGUCAGCAGAGGGAGAUCAUAGUGUCUAAAUCUGACACUAAGGUGUUAAUAACAGAUUACAGCCCCUCAAAAGACUACACUGUCAGUGUCAUCGCUGUCAGUGGCAGCGAGCAGAGCAGACCACUUCAGGGCAGACACAAAGCUGAAAGAGGUAAGAGUGACGGAGGAGACGAGACUGAGCCCCAGAGGCUGACUGAUUCAGUUGCACCUCCAGAGGAUGCCAACGAGAUCUCUGGAGCGGAUCAGUUUGUGUGUCGCACUGAAGCCAUUGCUGACAUCGUGAUCUUGGUGGACGGCUCCUGGAGUAUUGGUCGGAUCAACUUCCGGCUGGUCCGCAUGUUCCUGGAAAACCUGGUCAAUGCCUUUGAUGUUGGCAUCGAUAAGACGAGGAUAGGUCUGGCUCAGUAUAGUGGUGAUCCAAGGAUAGAGUGGCAUCUAAAUGCGUUCUCCACUAAAGAAGCGGUCAUUGAUGCUGUCAAGAACCUGCCCUACAAAGGAGGAAACACUCUUACAGGCCUUGCAUUGACUUAUAUCUUGGAAAACUGCUUCAAGCCUGAGUCUGGUUCACGAGUUGGCGUGCCCAAGAUUGGGAUCCUAAUCACGGAUGGGAAGUCCCAGGAUGAUGUUAUACCGCCUGCAGAGAGUCUGCGUAAUGCCGGGGUCGAGCUGUUUGCUAUUGGUGUGAAGAACGCUGAUGAGAAUGAGUUGCACUCCAUCGCCUCAGAGCCGGAAAACACUCAUGUCUACAAUGUGGCUGACUUCAACAUCAUGAGCUCUAUAGUAGAGGGUCUGACCAGAACAGUGUGUGAACAAGUGGUGCAGCAAGAUAAAGACAUCAAAGAGAAACAGAUACCAGAGACGACUGGAACGCCACUUGACCUGGCUACGUCAGAGGUCACGGCCCGCAGCUUCAGGGUCUCAUGGAGCCACGCCCCCGGAAAUGUAGAGAAAUACAGGGUGGUUUAUUAUCCUGCUCAGGGAGGAGAACCGCAAGAGGCUGUAGUGGACGGCAGUGAAACUUCAGUGGUGCUACAGCAUCUCAGCUCUCUCACUGAGUACCAGCUGGCUGUGUUUGCUGUGUAUGCAAAUGAGGCAAGUGAAGCUUUGAGAGGAUCAGAAACAACCUUGGCCCUUCCCACUGUGACGGGCUUGCAGCUGUUUGAUGUGACUCACAGCACCAUGAAAGCAAGAUGGGACAGUGUGGACGGGGUGUCUGGCUACAUGCUGCUCUACGCGCCUCUUACAGAUGAUGGAGACUUGGACGAGAAGGAGGUCAAGGUAUCGGAUGCAGUGACGGAGCUGGAGCUGGAUGGAUUGAUCCCUCACACUGAAUACACUGUCACUGUUUAUGCCAUGUUUGGAGAGGACGCCAGUGACCCUGUAACAAACCAGGAAACUACAUUGCCACUGAGUCCUCCCAGUAACCUCCAGUUCUCUGAUAUCACCCAUAACUCGGCCCACAUCAGCUGGGACCCCGCGCCCAGAGGAGUUAAAGGUUACCGCAUCACAUGGGUCAAGAUAGACGAACCAGUCAUGGAGAAGGUGGAGGUCGGUCCAGUCAGCUCUUAUGACCUCAGUGGUUUGACAUCUCUGAUGGAGUACUCAGUGGCCAUCUUUGCCCUGUACGACGACGGCCAAUCAGGGGCGCUCACCGAUGGAUUCACCACCACUCCAGUUCCUGGUCCUCUGAAUCUACGCUCCAGUGACGUCAGCACAAACAGCUUUGCAGUCAGCUGGGAUCACUCAGCCAGUGACAUCGUCCUUUACAGACUCUCUUGGGCACCUUUCACAGGUGGUGACACAAAAGAGGUGGUCUUGGAGGGAACUGCUAACAGAUACAUGCUGACCAGUCUGCGUCCGUCUACUGAGUAUGAUGUUAUGUUGACGGCUGUAUUCAGAGAUGAAUCAGAGAGUGACACUAUCUCUGUUGUACAGACCACAUUGGCCAAGACAACAACGAUUGCUACCACAACCACAGUGGCACGUCAGGCGGUGAGAAACCUUCUGCUGAGCGACGAGACCACCCAGAGCUUAGAGGCAUCAUGGGAGAUGGAAGAUCCCCACGUGGAGAGCUACAGGGUCUCCUACGCUGACCUCAUGGGUGACCACAAAGAGGAGUCUGUGUUAGUCCCUGGUGGUCAGAGGAGAGCUGUGCUACAGCCUUUGUUACCAGACACCCAGUACAAAGUGACAGUCACACCAGUAUACAUGGACGGACAAGACGGCAUCAGUAUUUCUGCCCUGGGAACCACAUUGCCCCUCUUGUCUCCUGGAAACAUUCGUGUAUCAGAGGAGUGGUACAACCGCUUCAGGGUCACCUGGGAUCCACCUCAGUCUCCUACAGUGGGUUACAGGAUCGUCUACCAGCCUAUUUAUGUUCCAGGACCAGUUUUGGAGACAACAGUGGGUGAAGAUGUGAACUCCUUGCUCCUUCUGAAUCUACUCAGUGGGACUGAAUAUGGUGUUCAAUUGACGGCUUCUUACCCUACGGGACAAAGUGAACCACAGCUUGUGAACGCUAAAACAUUGUUCCUCGGCGUCUCUGGCUUGUCAACCUACCAGGUGCGUCCCAACAGCAUGUGUGUCCAAUGGCAGCCUCUUCUACAUGCCACAUUAUACAGAGUCUCCAUACAGUCUACACUCAAUAGCCAGAGGCAGGAAGUGAGCCUGGGAGGCGGUUCUUCUCGACAGUGCUUUUAUGACCUCACUCCCAGCAGCCAAUACCAGAUCAGCAUCCACACACAGAUGCAGGAAAUGGAGGGACCUUCGGUCUCCAUCACUGACAUGACGCUGCCAGCGCCAACUCAGCCUCCAACUGAACCACCCACCACAGAGCCCCCUCCCACCAUCCCGCCUGCUAAAGAAGUGUGCAAGGAGGCCAAGGCUGACCUGGCGUUCCUGGUGGACGGCUCCUGGUCCAUCGGAGACGACAACUUCAUGAAGAUCACACGUUUCCUCUACAGCACCAUGGGAUCGCUGGAUCUGAUUGGACCAGAUGGCACUCAGGUGGCCAUUGCUCAGUUCAGCGACGAUGCUCGGACAGAAUUCCAGCUGAGUUCCCAUGGCGACAAGGAGGCGCUGCUCGAAGCCAUUCAGAGGAUCCGAUACAAAGGAGGAAACACUAAGACAGGUCGGGCCAUCAAACAUGUGAAAGAGUCCAUUUUCACUCCAGAGGCUGGAGCCAGAAGGGGCGUCCCUAAGGUCCUGGUUGUCCUCACUGAUGGUCGUUCACAAGAUGAUGUCAACAAAGUGUCCAAGGAGAUGCAAAUGGAGGGCUACAUCAUCUUUGCCAUUGGCUUUGCGGAUGCGGACUACGGAGAGCUGGUGAACAUCGCCAGCAAGCCCAGCGACAGACAUGUCUUUUUUGUGGACGAUUUGGAUGCUGUCAAGAAAAUAGAAGAACAGCUCAUUACCUUUGUCUGUGAGGCUGCCACUGCCACUUGUCCGUCUGUUUUGAUGAGUGGUAACACAUUGGCAGGUUUCCGUAUGAUGGAGAAGUUUGGCCUGGUAGAGAAGGAGUACAGCAUCAUACCUGGAGUUUCUCUGGAGCCAGGGUCAUUCAACAGCUUCCCUUGUUACAGGUUACACCGUGACGCUCUGGUGUCUCAGCCCACAAAGUACCUUCACCCCGAGGGUUUACCCUCUGACUAUACCAUUUCAAUGAUGCUACGCCUACUUCCGGAGACCCCGCAGGAGCCCUUUGCAUUGUGGGAAAUCCUCAACAGAGACAACAAGCCAUUGGUGGGACUAAUUCUGGACAACUCUGGAAAGACCUUGACGUUCUUCAACUAUGACUACAAAGGAGACUUCCAGACUGUUACCUUUGAAGGAACGGAAAUCAAAAAGAUCUUCCACGGCAGCUUCCACAAGCUCCAUGUAACCAUCAGUAAGACGUCUGUGAAGGUGGUGUUGGAUUGCUCCGUGGUUGGGGAGAAAUCCGUCAGUGCAGCUGGUAACAUCACUACCGACGGAGUGGAGAUCCUCGGAAGGAUGUUUCAGCACAGAGGCGCACAGGAGAGCUCUGCUCCAUUCCAGCUCCAGAUGUUUGACAUCAUCUGCAGUACAUCUUGGGCCAGCAGAGAUAAGUGUUGUGAGCUGCCAGCAUUGAGAGUUGAGGAGCAGUGCCCUCCCAUGCCUCAUGCCUGUACCUGCUCCCAGGAUAGCAAAGGACCCCCAGGACCUUCUGGACCCCCUGGCGGUCCAGGCAUAAGGGGAGCCAGAGGAGACAGAGGAGAGCCAGGAGUGACGGGACCUCAAGGGCCAGUGGGAGAGAUUGGCCCUCCUGGACCACCAGGACCACCCGGUCCUCAGGGACCCAGUGGGCUCUCCAUUCAGGGACCCCCGGGUGCUGCUGGAGAGAAGGGAGACAGAGGAGAGAUUGGUCCAGCCGGACAAAUGGGUGUUCCUGGAAGUCCUGGCUCACCUGGCAGAGACGGUCCCCCAGGAGCAAGGGGUCUGCCGGGAAAUAACGGACCGCAGGGACGACAGGGACCUCCUGGGCCCGUUGGAGCCCCGGGUGCACCUGGAGCUCCAGGACCAGGCGGGCCAGCGGGGUCCCAAGGAGAACAAGGACUUCCUGGUCCUGCUGGUACCAAAGGCGAUAGGGGAGAAAGAGGUGAUGUGCAAUCCCAAGCUGCAGUUCGUGCCAUCGCACGGCAAGUGUGUGAACAGCUCAUCCAGAGCCACUUAUCUCGCUACAACUCCAUACUGAACCAGAUCCCCAUCCAGUCGGCCGUGUCAGUGCGAACUGUACCGGGACCACCAGGGGAGCCAGGUAGGAGAGGCCCCCCGGGACCUCAGGGAGAGCAAGGUCCGCCCGGCAGACCUGGCUUCCCUGGUACCAAUGGCCAGAAUGGACGACCAGGAGAGAGAGGUCUUCCAGGAGAGAAGGGAGAGAGGGGAAAUACAGGGGUCGGGACUCAGGGACCUCGAGGACCACCCGGACCUCCAGGCCUGCCAGGUGAAGGACGGACAGGUAGCCAGGGCCCACCUGGUCGGCCUGGCAACCCAGGGACAGCGGGGAGGCCAGGGAAUCCAGGUAGCCCCGGACCGACUGGCCCACCAGGAUACUGUGACCAGAACUCUUGUCUGGGAUACAACGUCGGAGUUCAACAGGACUAUGGGAAUGAUUACUGAGGAGCAUUCUCCAACCGUCCUCCCCCUCUCCUUCUCCUCCUCCUCCUCCUCCUGUGCUCACCUCCUUCCAUCCCUCCCUCUGCACCCUGUACAUAAGACUAGAAAUUGGAGAAAUUGAUCAAUUCGGUGAUUCCCUCAAGGCUUCCAUACUUCUUGGGAUGGAUAAUUACUCCGGGCCCCCGGUGUUUAAACUCUAAUCCCUGCAGCAGUGUCUUAUGCAAUUUGGUUCUCCGAAGAAUUUUUUUUUUUCCCCAAAUUACUCUUGGCAACCAAAUCAUUUUUGCAAGAUUAUUUGUGAAAUUAUCUGGAAUUUUUGAAGGCAACAAAUUUAACAUCGUGAUUUUUUUUUUCCCCACAAAAUUUAAAAAACCAACGUGGUUUUAAGCAACUAUAAGCCCUCUUUUAGGCCAUGUGCAAGUUUUUAGAAACAUUAUUCACAAAAGAUUUUCCGUGUCAAUGCACAUGAUUCUGUACGAUUAUUUAAUAUGAAUAGAAACUGGAUUCAUUUCUAAUAUCAGCUCAAUUUUUUGAUGGAACUACUGAGCUCUGUUUUUCAUCGUUUGAGCGUGUCAGACAGAAAUGGAUUAGGUUACCCACAACGCUUCUGUGAUGAUCACCACCGCUGAUCACAGUGCCAUCUGUCAACAAAUGCUCGUGCACACAAUGCUUUGCUGCAGCAGCCCCCGCUUCACCCCGCUUUGAGCUCAAAUCUCUUCAAAGCUAAUCUCAGCUAAAUCCUGUUGAAUUGCUUUGAUGCUGAUUGGCUGCAGUCAUUACUAACCAACCCCUUCUAUCUGUACAUCUCACAUAUUGUAAGCUGGGCAGAAAAUUUUACCCCUAAUGUGACCCAGAUGUGAUGUUUUCAUUUCUGGAAAAAUGAACAGGUCUGGGUGAAAUGUGGAAGAGAUCAGAUUUUCCUUUAGUUUCAUUAACCAACUUUCUCAUUAACCCAAUCUUUCAGACACUAUCUUAGGACCCAAUCUUGCUUGUGCGCAGUCCUAAGGAGCUCAUUUCAGUGUCAAAGAUUUAAGAUAAGUUUAGUAUAAUUUAAAUUUCAGCCUGUGCAUUCUUCACAUUCCUGCUGUGCUUCUGCUCGUUUAAAGCAUUUUUAGUCGCAAAGCCAACCUUAAGCUCGCUCCAUGCUCACCUGUUGCGGUGGUUUUAUUUGAGCUGUGGUGAUCCAGAAAUAUGUACUCAAACUGACCCCAAAAUAUUCCCAUCACCCCAGUCCAACCCCUGCCUCAUGGCGGCUACCAGCCCUACAAUCCCCCCUACAACCAGCUGUACAACCCUGCUGCAGUGGCUUACAACAACGACCAAGGAGGCGAAGAAGAAGAGGAGGAGCAGGAGGGCGAGGAAGAGCAAGACCCCUAUUACCAUCGCGGUUACCCCCCUCAGUACUACCCCCAACAGCCUUCCCCACUGGCCCACGGUCGCCAUGGUUACCACUCAAGCCCCAUCCACUCUGAGGAUGUGGAGCUGAGGUCGCCGGGCGUCGCCAGGAGGUUUUCCCGUGAUGUCGUCGUCAUGGAGGAGAGUGAGGAGGGAGGACUCUAGAGAAAGGAUGGACUCACCUGAAGUGCUUGAGCCCCGCAUGCCAUUACACACACACACACAGGUAUUCACAUAUGGAAACAAAUCGGACACUGACACACACAUAAACAUCAAACACCCCCCCCCAUCUGAAACUGUGGUGAGAACCCCCCUCUCCCUGUGUCUCCAGUGAGUUUCUCCGCCUGGUGAAACGGUGUAAAUAGCUCUAUGGACUCUUGUACGAUAUCUCUGUUAAAGGGGGGGUCCAAAAAGUGCCUGAUCUAUGUUAGCAUCGUCCAGUGGUAAAGGUAAGACCAGUUUCUUCUCAUCUUACAGCUGAUUUCAGGACUAAACCCUUCUUUUUGUGUGAAGCUGCAUGUCUCCUUUGAGCCAACAAGUGAGUGUGUAACUGGAUACGUGCAUCUUGUUUUGGUUUUUAUGUAACUAGCUAGAUUAUUUUACAAUUCAAAUCAUUGAGGACGAUGAGCUGGCAACAUUUGUACAGGCUGCUUUUUAUAAUGAUGAAUCAUGUUUCCCCCGCUUAUUCCCGUGUGUAAAGGAAUAUUGAGGUGGUUUUUUUGAAGUGAUUUCUCUGUGCAGUAUUGUGUUGAGUUUGCUUCUCUUUACCAGUGUUUUGGCUGAACUAUUGUGGGAGUUAAUCCUCCCCAAAAUGAAAUGCAGAAGCAGAUGCAUCAAAUUUCUGUUCUUUUAAAUUAUUUUCAUUUAGAGAAAAUCUGGCCGCUUUUACAUUUUGUCCUGCCGUAUUUCGUUCUGUAUACGGCUCUACAAACAUGGAGCAGGUCUGUUCUGGCUUUUAAUACUCAGACUUGUGGUGAAUUUCAAGGACAAAUCUGUGUUGUUUGCGUCUUAUGUUGCUGCCCUAAUUUGUUUUGUUUAUUGUUCUUAUGCAAAGUCGGGCCUGCUCACUGUGGAAACUGUUUUCUCACUGGUUGACCUCUGACCUCACGCUGGACGGACACCUGGAUCCAGUUCUUAUUCAAAACAGUGUGCUGCCUCUCGGCAAAACCAGUAAGGACUAAACCACAAGUGUGAACGUUGCCCCUCCUGCACUGCAGUCUGAAAAAACAAGCACUAAAGUACAUAAAAGUUUAGCUGUGAGCUGGCCCUAAUCUAUUAUAGAUUUAAACUGGUGAACUUAAACAGUUUUAAUAAGGAAUGUGUCUCACCACCAUCCCCCUUAGUACAAUAUGAACUUAUUUAUUUUCUAUUUUGUUUUGCUUUUAUAACCAAUAAAUCUGUAAUGAGA